ACGACGUGUUUUGUAUCGCACAAACAACUGGACAUACAACAAAAACAAGCCGAGAAACAAAAAAAAACAUGCUGUAAAACAACUUGUCCUUGCGUUGCCAGGAUGAAGACUUGAAGAUAUUUUGACUUUGAGAGAUUAACAUCUUGUCGGAUGACCUGGGACCCGCUGAGCUGAGAGAGAAGACUCGACGAUGGACUCCUUCAGCACUAAGAGCUUAGCCCUGCAGGCGCAGAAGAAGCUGAUGAGCAAGAUGGCCACCAAGAGCAUGGCCAACCUCUUCAUCGACGACACCAGCAGCGAAGUGCUGGACGAGCUGUACCGUGUCACUAAGGAGUACACCCGCAACCGCAAAGAGUCGCAGAAGAUCAUCAAGAACCUGAUCAAGAUGGUGGUGAAGCUGGGAGUGCUCUACAGAAACAAUCAGUUCAGCAGCGAGGAGCUGAUCCUGGUGGAGACCUUCAGGAAGAAAGUCCACACUCUGGCCAUGACGGCGGUCAGCUUCCACCAGAUCGAGUUCACCUUUGACCGCCGGGUCAUGAGCGCCAUUUUGAAUGAGUGCCGGGAACUGCUGCACCAGGCCAUCAAACGCCACCUGACAGCCAAGAGCCACUCGCGCGUCAACCACGUCUUCAAUCACUUCGCCGAUUGCGACUUCCUGGCAGCUCUCUACGGGCCCUCUGAGGUUUAUCGCGCUCACCUGCAGAGAAUCUGUAACGGCGUAAACAAGAUGCUCGACGAGGGGAACCUCUGACCUCUGUAGGCCUUGUUAUGAGGCACCUUUACCUCUAGUCACCCCUCAUGUACCAUCUUGCAGGAUUUUUUUUUUUUUUUUAAGGUGACAAUCAUGAACAUUUAUUUUUUCAUUUGUUGGUUUGUGAUUGUGUGUGCCUUUCAAAUGUUACUGUAACACUGAAACUCUCUUGGCUAGUUAGUCCAAAGUCUAAUUCCUCUUCAGCCUGACUUUGUUUUUUGUUAUUUUAAA